AUGCGGGAGGCCUCUCAGAGUCCUCACAGAGAAGAAAGCUAUGGCCCAGAUGACAAGCACCCAAGAUCCGUUAAAACAGAUCAUUCAUCUCCUUUGACAAGAGCAAAUUAUACACAACGAAUAUACGGAGACAAGAACUUCUGGCAUGCCAUGAAUAAAAGGUUCCAAGGCUCCGCCAGUGACAGCGACUCCUCGGAUGACGAAUUGCGGGAGAAUGUUGUGAGAAAAACGUGGUGUCAAUUGUUUGAAAGUGAUGACCACCUUCUCUUUGGCUCGCACAGGACAACCACCACCGACACUUCGGCUUUACAUCCUGAGCCAGUUCAAAUAUUCAGACUGUGGCAGAUUUUUCUCGAAAACGUGAAUCCGCUUCUCAAAGUCAUACACACUCCCAGCUUUCAAGGGUGCAUAAUUGAAGCUGCUAGUAAUAUUUCGAGUACUAAGCCCGCCUUAGGGGCCCUCAUGUUCAGUAUUUAUUGCAUGUCUAUCUUUAGUAUCUCGGUGGAAGACUGCCAAGCUAUAUUUGGGUCUUCAAAAGAAGAUCUUUUGGGGAAAUAUCAGCUUGGCUGUCGGCAGGCCUUAUCAAAAUGUGGAUUUUUACGGUGCAACGAUCGUGACUGCUUGACAGCAUUGUAUCUCUAUCUGAUUUCUGUCAGGCCCAGCACAGUUCCAUUGUCACUUUCCUCCAUGCUCGGUGUUGUUAUUCGCAUUGCACAACGCAUGGGUAUUCACAGCGAGUCUGCUUUGGCACGAUGCACUCCUCUUGAAGGUGAAAUGCGUCGGAGACUGUGGUGGUCGCUGGUUCUUUUCGAUGCUCGCACCAACGAGCUUGCUGACUUUAAAACUACAGCGCUCACUCCUACGUGGGACUGCCAAAUUCCCCUAAACGUGAGUGACUCUGAGUUACUACCAAACAUGAAAGAGCUCCCACGAGUCCAGAGAAGUUCCACCGAUGCACUUUUUGCUGUUGUCCAUAGUGAACUGGGCGACUUUAUUCGAAACACAACGUUCUACCUUGGCUUUACCAACCCGGCUCUCAAACCCCUUGCCAAAUAUGCCAACUCGGGUGCCAUUUCAGCGGAUAGCGAAUUGGACCAUCUAGAACAGAAAAUUGAGGAUGAAUACCUGAAGUUCUGUGACCCUGAAAAUCCUCUCCACUUCAUGACGAUCUGGAUGACACGUGGAUGGCUUGCUAAAUAUCGCGUAAUGGAAUAUCACUCCAAAUAUUCGAGCACCACACCCCAAACGGAGUAUCAACACGAUACUGCUGUGUCGUAUGCGCUCAAAAUGCUUGAGUGCGACGCAAAAAUUGUCACCUCGCCUUUGACGAAAGGAUUUACUUGGCUGGUGCAAUUCUAUUUCCCCUUUCCAGCAUAUAUCCUGAUUGUUCAGUACUUGAAACGGCGACCUGCAUGUGAUCAAGCCGACUAUGCUUGGAAAAUCAUGGGUGAAAACUACGAUGCUCAUUUUGGUGCUCCUGUUGGAGAUUUCCAUAUUCAUAUGUUCAAACUUUUCUCGAGUGUCAUCCUCCAGGCAUGGGAGGCCCGAGAGGCAGCGAUUAGGGAAUCCGGGGAGUCUUUGGCGAUGCCAAAAAUUGUGAUAGAUAUUAAGAGAAUUUUGACUCAAACAGAGCAAAGUGCACUAAAUACCGAGCCAGAGCAGCGAAGUGGCGAUACGGAUAUGGGCGUUGACAAUUUCCCUAUGUCAAUGCCAAUGGGCAUUGGAAAUCAUAAUCGGCAGUAUAGCAUGGGCGGCCAAGAUGGCUACAUACCAACAGUGCCAGAAAUAUACUCCAAUAUGAAUGGGCUGAACCUUAUAGACUUUGGUCCAAACCAGCUCGAUUGGCCUGCAGUGGAUUGGGGUAUGGGGGGAUACCCUAGUUGGGGAGGUUGUUUGAACGAUUUGAUAGGUCAAUCGACUUUACAUUGUGAAGACUUUUUCCUACAACUAUUUAUUGUUUAUUACAACUCCAAAUUAGAACAUAUAUACUACGCAAGGGAAUUUCUCAUAACACUAGCUCAUCAUACGGAGUUAAAGUUGUGCCCUUGUAAUCGCACGCAGCAAGGGACGAUGGGCGCGGACAUGGACGUCGAGGACUCGCCAGAGGCGCCGAACAUAGACAUAGUGGUCGGGUCACGAAAGACAUCCGAUAAUAAUAACAACCAGACUCGGUUACAACGAAUAUGGUCUGGCUUCUGGGACGCGUUCAACAUGCGGCCUCCUGUCGACGAAGAGCCUCAGGACUGGUGGAUUGCCUCAACAGCAAUUCCUCUAGUAGCUGCUACGACAGCGCCCUUGGCAAAUGUCAUGUCUAUAGUCGCUUUGGUGACUUCAUGGAGGAAUCGAGUCUUUCCUGGCCAAACUGAUAACCAGGACAGGACCCUGCAAGUCGGGAUCGAUGACCCUCGCUGGUGUGUGGCUUUAAAUGCUACGUCCUUGGUCCUUGGUGUUUUGGGAAAUUUAUUUCUACUUUUCAACUUCACCAGAAGGGUGCGGUAUAUUAUCGCACUUCCUGCCUCGAUAAUUUUGUGGUUUUUGGCUACUGGAGUUUUAGCUGGAAUUACAGCUUCGAUGCACAUAUAUGUGCCCCCAAACCCGCCCGAUGAAGUAUUUUCUCAAGGCUACUGGAGUGGCAUAAUUGCCGCGGUUCUUUAUUUUAUUCUAUCUAUCAUUCUUAUGAUUAAUAUGAUGGGAUAUAUGCUGGGCCACUAUCCUCAACACUUUGCACUCACCGACGAUCAGCGCACACUGAUUCUACAGACUACAUCGCUCAUGAUCUGGCUCGCCAUUGGCGCCGCCAUUUUUCAAAGGCUCAUUGGCAUAUCAUACCCAGACGCUUUGUAUUUCUCGGACAUUACAGUGCUUACAUUGGGAUACGGAGAUAUCACACCGCAUGACAGCGUUGGAAAGGGGCUGGUUUUCCCUUACGCGGUCAUAGGAAUAGUUAUUCUGGCCCUGGUGGUCUCGAGUAUCAGUCGCUUUGCUAGAGAAGUGACAAACGACAACGUCAUCAAAUCCCAUCUCCAACGCAUGCGAGCCAGAACGGUUGAGCACUCAAUAACCCUCGAAAAAGAUGAAGACACUGGAUCUGUGGCCAACCGCUCUGUGCAGUCUCGCCUGCACCGAGGGGGAAGAAGACCAAUUCGCUCCGUUGCGAAAAUAUUCAAACCGAAACAGCCAGAUACAUUGGUCAUGCGAGAAGAAGAAGAUCGGUUCAACGCGAUGCGGGCUAUACAGAGCGAAACACUUCGGUUUCGCCGGUGGACGUCCCUGGUAUUCAGUCUGAUUGCUUUUGCCAUUGUAUGGUGCGCUGGCGCGGCGGUGUUUUCGGCUUUAGAAGGAAUCACAUAUUUUGAUGCCUUGUACUUUGCAUUUUGCUCGCUGUUGACGAUUGGUUAUGGCGAUAUCACACCGCAAACUAACCCUUGCCGCCCCUUUUUCAUCGUGUGGUCGCUGAUUGCGAUUCCAACAAUGACAAUUCUGAUCUCGAAAAUGAGCGAUACUGUGCUCGAGGGCGUUAAUGACGCCACAAAUUGGAUUGCCGAAUUUACAGUAUUACCAAAGACUGGCAUAUAUCGAGAAUUUGUCAACAAAGUUCCGGUUCUGCAUGAUAUUUUGCUACGGCGGACUGAAAGGAAACGUGUUGAGCAGGGGUUCGCCGUAGGCGUUAACGAUACAGGCCAUGAAGAAGACCUGGAAAAUAGCAUCAGUGGUACUUCUGACUGCACCCGGCCGCAGGCCGUGGCUAUUACUCGUCAUCACCGCUCGCAAGAUCAACUUGCACGAGACUUGACUUUUGCUGUCCGCCGAGUCGCACAAGAUGUGGCAGGCACUGGAAUCAAGCGGUAUAACUACGAAGAGUGGGUUGAAUUCACACAAUUAAUAAGAUUCACCGACCCCGGCCGUCCUAGAGCGAGGGAUUCUGAAAUCCGUGAAAAUGAAUGGGGUGUCAUCGAAUGGGAUUGGAUAGGCGAAAACAGUCCUAUGCUGGCAGAGCAGACGGAACCUGAAUGGGUUCUUGACCGGCUUACGGAGAGUCUUAUACGGUAUAUGAGCAGGAAUGAUGUCGAAUUGGAUGAUAGAAGGAGUCUCGUUGUGGGUGAGAAUUGA